GGCCUGUGUUCCAUUGGGACACGGGGGGUCCUGCAGCCUUGGCAACCGCCCUUCCCUUCGGAGGAGUCCCUGGAGCUGAGGAAGGCGGGGCGGGGCGGGUGUGCUACCGCCUCUGCCUUCCCCGGAGAGGCGCAUCCGUGGCUGGUGGGCGGCUGAGCCCGCCUGGGCUGGUCCCCCCGAGCAGCGGCCCGAGGGUCGGGAAGCGCGGCUGUGGCUGCUGUGCCCAUCUCCGUGUGCAGGCGCCACUGCCAUCCCCUUGUCUGGCAUCUCGCACCACUCCAGGCGGGCAGAGGCUCUGGCAGCAGCAGCAGCAGCUCGGCCAGGCCGCCGCCAGCCUCCUGCCCCUCUGCGCAGUUCCCCUGUGGGACCGCUGCCAGGGAGAGCCUCUGGGAGACAGUGGCAUGAAGUUGGGUUUCAUCCCAGCACCGGGCUAUUUGCCUUUUUGUUCUCCGAAGCUGCAGCAGGAACACGUAUGCUGUGCCGUCCAGCUCCCUUUCGUUCUGCAGAACAUCAGCUUGUUUGGUUCUGCUCCUCCUGUGGGGCUGACAUUGUCUGCAGCGUGCUAUCUCCUGUCCCUGGGGAGAGUUCAGUCCUCGACUGUAUGCAGGCUGCUGUUCCACUGAGUGGUUCCCACUUUGCAGUCUGGAGAUGUUUGCUGGGCUGUGUCUUGACGUCACAUGUUGUGGUUUAGGCUGCUAGUUAGCUCUGGAAAAGCUGGACAUAGGUACAUAGAGAAGGUUAAAGUGAAAAUACCUUUUGGAAACAAAUACCUUGAUGCUAUCUUCUCUGUCCCAGAGAAGAAAUCAACAUAUGGAGUGAUUCUUACCCAUGGAGCUGGAGGAGAUAUGAAUUUCCCUCACUUACUGUCUCUGGCAGCCUACCUGGCAUCCCACGGAGUUCUGUGCCUGCGGUUUACUUGUAAAGGCCUUAAUGUUGCUUACAGGACUAAGGCUUUCAAAGCAGUUGUGGAAUACUUAAAACUUUCUGAUGAUUAUAAACUUUAUGGAGUCUUCCUUGCAGGCCGUUCCAUGGGCUCACGAGCUGCUGCCUCUCUGAUACGUCAGCUUAGCCAGAAUGAUGAUGAUGAUGACUUCAUUCGAGGUCUCAUAUGUUUAUCUUACCCACUGCAUCGACCAAAACUUCAGUCCAAGCUCCGGGAUGAAGAUUUAUUAUUUAUCAGGUGUCCAGUGCUGUUUGUCUCAGGAUCAGCAGAUGAGAUGUGUGAGAAACAAUUGCUAGAAGGUGUGGCAAGCAAAAUGAAAGCCCCUAAAAAAAUCCAUUGGAUUGAUAAAGCCAACCAUGGAAUGGCAGUCAAAGGACGAACAACAGACGAUGUCAUGGAAGAAAUAAAUACCCAAGUUUUUUCCUGGCUUAGAGAGAAUGUUGAACUGGAGCGCAAAUAAUUUGCAGUGUUUAUGCAGUAUUUUCAUAUAGUUUUUCCUAAAUAUGGCAAAGUAAGAGUUUAUUAUUUUUGAGAGGCAUAUUUUUUAAAACAUCUUUUCAGAGGUCUCAGUGCAAAUGCAAAUAAAGCUUUGUAUGAAU